AAGAGCUGAGGAAACAUUAACAGCCCCGACGUCCUCGUUAGUGGCACCAUUAAAACUAAAUUUCCUAUUUCCUGAGUGCAGUUGUGAGGUGAUGUGGAGUGUGCGGAGACUGAUGAACGAGCCUCGAUAUCAACUGUGUGACAACUAUCUACACAACACAUCAACCACACCUACGGAAAGAUGCAGAUGUGACGAUGCUUCUGCUGUACUAGACUCUACCUGCAAUUUGAGGAUUGUAAUGUGAGUCCAGGUGCAGUCCCGACAUUUUAUGCUGGUGGAGAGGAGCGAGAUGCUUCACUCGGUUGCCAUGACAACAGGACUUAUCUUUGUUAGCUGGCUCUUGUAUACGAGCGCACGGGGCAAUCCCAUUGUGUCGGUGCCAGAGGGUGGGGAGAAAGAGCGCUUGGAGCGCGUUCUGACCCAGACCAAGGAGGGCGUGCUGAGCCCCGGUGCAAAGCAGCGUCUGGAGGAGCUGAGUAAUCUUGAACUGGAGGGGAUCAAGGGUGGGAACAAAUCCAGUUCUGGCAGGACCAGACCCAACUUGAGUUCAUUGAGACGAGGGUUCAAACUUCAAGGCAAGACCCUCGAAGCCUGGGGUGAGCAAGAAUCGCUCAAGCAAACCGAAGAGGCACCAACGGAAGAGGCCAACAUCUCUCUGGAUGCGAUUGAUGAGUAUGCGUACCCCGAUUAUAGGGGGAAAGGCUGCAUGGACGAAACGGGGUUUGUGUUCGCCAUUGGGGAGAAAUUCACCCCGGGACCCUCCACCUGCCCAUGCCUGUGCACAGAUGAGGGUCCUUUGUGCGCCCAACCAGAGUGUCCAAAACUUCACCCUCGUUGCCUGCGCGUCGACACCAGCCAGUGCUGCCCGCAGUGCAAAGAGAAGAAAAACUACUGUGAAUUUCGAGGAAAGAUCUACUCGUCUCUGGAGGAGUUUAAGGUGUCUCCAUGCGAGAAGUGCCGUUGUGAGCCCAGUGGAGAGGUUCUGUGUUCUGUGUCAGCUUGCCCACAGACCGAGUGUGUUGAUCCGGAAUAUGAGCCUGACCAGUGCUGCCCAGUGUGUAAGAGCGGGCCAAAUUGCUACGCGGACACAGCGGUGAUCCCGGCCGGCCGAGAGGUUAAGAUCGACGAAUGUACCAUCUGCUACUGCACGUACGAGGAGGGCACCUGGCGUAUCGAGCGGCAGGCCACCUGCAGCAAGAACGAGUGCCAGCCGAGCUAAGGCUCGAGACCAUCAGCCUUCACCCGGACAGCUGCGGAGAUCUGGAUCACCCGUCCCAGCUGUGGUCCGUAUGGGCUCAGCACAGCAGCCCUGAGCCUCACAUGCAGCCAAGACGCCGGCAUCGCGUGCCGAUACAUCCGUCGGUCAUUUGUGACCGUUCAUGACUAUGAACUCAGAGUGUCCUGUAGCAUGCAGCGGACGGGCCAAUUAACCUGGGAACAAGGCCAAGGGCCAGAGUGCGAAACGCUACUUUCCUCUCGCUACCACGGAGCCUCUGAGUUGGCAUAGAGUCAUGACGAGUGAUGAGAUUCAUACGUUAGAGUUACAUGUAUAGUCUUAGGAGGCAUGGGGUCAAAUUCAACUAUAUUAAUACUUCAAGUUUGUAUUGAGAUUUAUAACCCAUUUAAAGGAUAUUUAUUUAUGUAUGUGCGGGUUCAACGAUUAUGAUUGGAUUCAGAUAUCUGAUUUACAGUGAAAUUAUAUUUUUUAUAGCCACUGUAUUUUGAUAUGCUGUAACGUUUUAAUACCGGAUCGACUUCAAUCCGUCUUAUUAGAAUGUAUAACGCACCUACAGCUGUCAAUGUGUCUGAAGGAAACGUUUCGUCAAAGACUGUCAGGAGUGACACGUAACAUCCAACA